AUGACAGGUACAAUUGGUGCUCCAUCGAUGGAUAUACAUAUAUCAAAAGAACUUGGUCUCAAUCCAAAUGUAAAACGUUUAAAUGUUGAAUCAAUGGGAUGUUUAACUGGUUUUCGUUUAACUGGUUUAUGUCGAGAUAUAUCACUUGAAUCAGAAAAUAAUGUUGUAUUAUUAAUUGUUUGUGAUAUUCGAUCAGCAUUAGGAAAUCAAUUAACACCAUUUAUUCCUAUGGAAUCAAUUGAUAAAUCAAAUGUUAUUAUUUCUGCUCUCUUUCGUGAUGCAUGUGGUGCAGCUAUUUUUUCACAAAAAACUUCAAAUACAAUUUGUAAUGUAAUUGAUCAUCGUUGUGCAAUUAUUGAUAAUACAUUAGAAUUAGGUCGUUUAAAAGAAUUUAACGAUUCAAGUAUUCAUUUAUAUUUGGAUAAACAAUUACCAUAUGCUGUUUUUGAUUAUUUACCAAAUCUUGUAAAUAGUUUACUCAAAGAAUAUGAUAUAGAUAUAAAAAUAUGUCAAUUUGCAGUUCAUACAGGUGGACCAAAAAUAAUUCGUGGAAUUGAAAAAUGUUUAAAUCUUGAUGAAGAACAAUUAUGUGCAUCGUGGUAUGUUAUGAUUAACUAUGGAAAUCUUAGUGGAAGUAGCAAUCUUGUUGUUCUUGAACAUUUUUGUCGUUGGAAAUAUUCAUCAAUUAAACCUACUUGUAAAAAUAUUAUUUUUCCAAAAGAUUUUAAUCAAUAUAAAUAUAUAGUUGGUCUUUCGUUUGGACCUGGUAUUGCUGUUGAAUGUGUUUUGUUUCAAUUAUAA